AUGUGGCUCAAAAGUCAGAUCUUGCUCUUGUAUUGCAUUGCAAGUGAAGUUUGGAUGGCAAAGCGGCUUGAUGCUAGAAGAAAUUUGACCAAGGAACUUUAUUCUCUUGAAGACAGUGGUUCUGCAAAGUGGAACAGGCUGAAAAGGAGUCUAUAUCAGGGCAAGUCCUGCAGGAUACGAGGCUGCUGCACAGGAAGGGAUGAUGACUGCAGCUUUAACAUUGCUUCCAGAGCAGCUAUAUGUUACUGUGACCAGUUCUGUGCCUCAGGUCCUCCUGGCCCCAUAGACUGCUGUGCUGACUACUGGGAUACUUGUGAGAACACCGUUGAGCCCACCAGGUCUGAUGAACCUUGGCCACCUCCAGCAUCAGGUUGUUAUAAAGAUGGCCGAUAUUACGGAGAAGGAACAAUAAUUAAAGACAACUGCAAUUCCUGCAAAUGCAUCCAAAGUAACUGGAAGUGUUCAAAUGAAGUAUGCCUUGUUCGCCCAGACUUGAUUCACUACAUCAAUUCUGGAGAUUACGGAUGGAAAGCUGACAACUAUACUCAGUUCUGGGGCAUGACACUGGAAGAAGGUUUCAGAAAGCGCUUGGGCACAUUACCUCCAUCUCAUUCCUUGCUGAACAUGAAAGCAAUUCCAGGAAGCUCCUUUCCGGAAGAAAAAUUUCCUGAGUUUUUUGCAGCCACUUAUGCAUGGCCUGACUGGAUUCAUGAUCCUUUGGACCAACGAAACUGUGGAGCAUCCUGGGCAUUUUCAACCGCAAGUGUCGCAGCAGACAGAAUAACAAUUCAUUCUGAUGGUCAAAUCACAGACAACCUUUCUGUUCAGAACUUGAUCUCUUGUGAUACCAAGAAUCAACAUGGAUGUGGUGGUGGCAGUAUUGAAGGUGCUUGGAGAUAUUUGAAAACGCAUGGAGUGGUAUCGUAUGCCUGCUAUCCAUCAUUUUGGAAGCAUCAUCUGGAUUCACCAAGUGAAAAUCACUGUUAUGUGUCCAGUGAAUAUGGAAAAAAUCAUACAAAUGGGCCCUGUCCCAAUGCUUUAGAAGAUUCCAAUCGGUUAUACCGCUGUGGCUCUCACUACAGGGUCUCCUCAAAAGAAACUGAUAUCAUGGAAGAAAUCAUGGCCAAAGGACCUGUGCAAGCUAUAAUGAAAGUCUAUGAGGAUUUUUUCCUUUACAAAGAAGGAAUCUAUAGACACUCCUACAAAGCAGGAUCCAAAUGGAAAACUCACUCAGUGAAACUCCUUGGGUGGGGAUCAUUACCUGGCAAAAAUGGACAAAAACAGAAGUUCUGGAUUGCAGCAAAUUCAUGGGGAAAAUACUGGGGAGAAAAUGGCUAUUUUAGGAUUCUACGUGGACAAAAUGAAUGUGAUAUUGAGAAGCUGAUAUUAACUACUUUGGGAUAGCCACUGCCUUUUACCUGCAGUAUUGUACUGUAUGCUGCUUUGUGCAUCUAUUCUACCA